AUUCUCAAAAUAAUACAGUUAUUGUGACUAUUCUGUUCAGUUUCUUCAAAUAAAUACCGACUGAAAGAAGUGUGUAGACAGAACGAUCUGAAACCCUAAAAACGGUUACAAAAUGAAUCGAUUGCUUGCGAAUUCGGUUUUGAGGCGGUGUGUAAUGAACGGCGGCCGGAUUAUGACUGGAGAACACGUGGUACAGUCGCCGGAGUUUGCUGCAGCGGCGGUGUUUAGUUUCCGGCCGUUUGAUCGGUCGGUAAUGGUGGCGGAUCAGGAUUUCGGGAGCUUUCAGUGGCGGAGGAUGAUGUGCUCUGCGGCGGAGCCGGCGGCAAAGGCGCCGGCGGUAAAACAGGCGGAUGCCGGAGCUGCGAAGAAGGAAGGUGAAGAUCAGGUUGCGGUUUCGAGUUAUUGGGGGAUUUCGAGAUCUAAAAUUACUAGAGAGGAUGGUUCUGAGUGGCCGUGGAACUGUUUUAUGCCGUGGGAUACUUACGAAUCGAACUUGUCAAUCGAUCUCAGUAAGCACCAUGUACCGAAGAACUUCGUGGAUAAAUUUGCUUUCAGGACAGUGAAACUGAUGAGAAUUCCAACUGAUAUAUUUUUCAAGAGGCGGUACGGGUGCCGAGCAAUGAUGCUUGAAACUGUAGCAGCAGUCCCCGGGAUGGUGGGAGGAAUGCUACUGCACUUGAGAUCUCUACGCAAGUUCCAGCAAAGUGGAGGUUGGAUCAAAGCAUUGCUUGAAGAAGCUGAGAAUGAAAGGAUGCACCUCAUGACAAUGGUGGAGCUCGUGAAACCCAAAUGGUAUGAACGCCUUCUGGUUCUAACCGUGCAGGGCGUUUUCUUCAACGCCUUCUUUGUUAUAUACGUAUUAUCCCCGAAACUAGCGCACAGAAUCGUUGGGUAUCUUGAAGAAGAAGCAGUACAUUCAUACACCGAGUUUCUCAAGGACAUUGAAAGUGGUGCAAUUGAAAAUGUUCCGGCCCCUGCUAUCGCGAUCGACUAUUGGAGAUUGCCGAAAGAUUCUACCUUGAAAGAUGUCAUAACUGUUAUCCGAGCUGAUGAAGCUCAUCAUCGUGAUGUCAACCAUUUUGCUUCUGAUAUCCAUUUCCAGGGUAAGGAAUUGAGGGACGCUCCAGCACCUGUGGGUUACCACUAAACCGUUUGCUUAUAGAGGAGGUAUAGGAUUCUGGUGGUAUGGGUGCUUCAGUCAGUCAAACAAAUAAGCAUUUGUACAGUGAUAUGAACUAGCAUUUAAGCACGAUUAAUAUGGUCGUGUGUUACCUCUGUCAAAAUGAUGUGGAUUCGACAUGUUUUGCAUAAAAUAAGUUUACAUUUGCGUGUGCCGAAAGCUAAUAAUAGUUGUACAAAUAUUGAGAAGCAAUAUGACCGACUUUUUUUUU